AUGGGUUUCUUCACGCAAUGCACUGCGCCAAAUAGGACCACUGUGCUCUGUUUUGACGUGCCAGAUAGCUUCCGCCAUCGUCUUCGGGAAUCUCUGAGGCUUUCCUCGGGGAAAGGGCAUGAUUACAACCGCUAUACCCUUCAUGCUUUUCUGACCAGUGAAGUCAUCAAUCUGUAUGAUAUAUCAGUUUGGACCAUACGUGACGUUGUUCGCGAUGUUGAGAGAAACAGGGACCGAAAUAAACAGCUUGAGCCGGACUUUCCUGCUCUUCACGACCUUGCCAGACACGCGAUUCACUCCUCGGAGACCCUCGGUAUCGCGGUCGAAACCGUCUCGGAGAUGAUCCGUCACCAUAAGUGGCCACUCAGCGACAAAGCAACGUCGACACCACUUGAACUAUCUAGAUUUCAGCAGACUCGUCAAUUAUUCCAAUUUCAAUUGCAGACAUUGAAAAGCCUCAAGGCUCGGUCGGAUUCGAACCUAUCAAGGUUGCAGAACGAGAUCACAUUGGCUUUCAAUAUGGUGACCCAAAAAGAUAGUCAGGCAACAGUCCGCAUCGGCAAAGCAGCGCGCAGGGACAGUGCAGCGAUGAAGACGGUAGCCGUGCUCACGCUAACCUUCCUACCAGCAACGUUUGUUUCAGCCAUCUUUAGCACCCAAUUCUUCAAUUUCACCCCAGAAAGCCCGUCGGGUCAAGAUUCUUGGGUGGUUUCGAGCCAUUUCUGGAUCUACUGGGCGUUCUCCGCCCCUCUCACGGUAGUCACAAUCAUGUUGUGGUUAGUAUGGCAGUGUUGGUACACUGCUAGAGGUGUCGGGUAUGAGAUGUCUGAACGUUCUGGACAACAACAGCGGCUGCGAUGA